AUGAUGGAGUCGGCAGCUACUGACGCCGGUGCGCCGCCUGCGCGCGAGCUGGAGGUGGACUCGAGCGAUGCGAUCCGCCUCAUCCUGCAGUUCCUGCGUGAGAACCGUCUGUUCGGCGCCAUGCGCGCGCUGCAGGAGGAGUCCCAAGUGAGUCUCAACGCCGUCGAGUCGGUGGAUUCGCUGGCCAGCGACAUCUCGCACGGGCGCUGGGACCGCGUGCUGCAGCAGACCAAGGCGCUCGAGUGCAGCGCCGCGGCCAUGAUGGACCUGUACGAGCUGGUGGCGCUCGACAUGAUGGAGGCGCAAGAGCGCGACGUGGCGCUGGAGCUGCUGCUCAACACGCCGGCGAUGGCCGCGAUGAAGAAGACGCAGCCGGAGCGCUACCUGCGCCUCGAGAAGCUGGUCCAGCGCGCCAUCUUCGACCCUGUCGAGGCCUACGCUGGCUCCAGCAAGCAGAAGCGCCGAGACGAUGUCGCCCAGCUCUUCCGCAACGAAGUGUCGACGGUGGAGCCGUCUCGACUGCUGGUUCUGCUGGGUCAAGCACUCAAGUGGCAGCAAUUGCAGGGUCUGGUGGCGCCUGGAGAAGACUUUGACCUGGUCCGAGGAGGAGCCAAGCAGAAGGUAGUGGAUCGAUCGGAGAAGCUGGUGCGCAAGUCGGCGGGCAAGAUCAAGUUUAGCAAGACGUCCAUGCCACAGUGCGCACAGUUCAGUCGUGAUGGACGAAUGCUUGUGACUGGGGCGAAGGACGGCUUCGUGGAAGUCUGGGAUUUUGAAAAGUGCAAGCUGCGCAAGGAUCUGGACUAUCAGGCAAAGGACGAGUUCAUGAUGCACGACGUGAGCGUGACGGCUGAGGCCUUUAGUCGGGACGGUGAGUUGCUGGCAACAGGUAGUGAAGAUGGCAAGGUCAAGGUGUGGAAGGUUUCCACAGGGAUGUGUCUGCGGCGCUUUGACAAUGCCCACAGUCAGGGCAUUCAGAGUAUCAUGUUUUCACGGGACGGCACGCAGCUCCUGACAGCUUCGUUUGAUCAUCUUGUUCGUAUCCACGGCCUCAAGUCUGGGAAUACGCUGAAGGAGUUUCGCGGUCACCACAGCUACGUCAACACAGCCUUCUUUUCCUCGGAUGGUAGCAAGGUGAUUUCAACGUCCAGCGAUGGAACGCUGAAAAUCUGGAGCACGAAGACGACGGAGUGUCUGCAGACAGUGGAACCGCCCAGCGAGUCGUACAAUGCAGAAGUCGAUAUCGUAAGCGCGAUCCUGGCGCCGAACGCGUCUGGAACCGGAGAGGACAUCAUCAUUUGUACUCGUACGAGCGACAUGCACCGCGUGUCGAUGGGUGGUGAAGUCUUGCUGACUUACAAGGGCGAUCCAUUCAACGAUAAGAAGGUUGGCAACUUCGUUGCCUGCACGCUGUCAAUGCGCGGCAAGUGGUUGUACGGUGUGACGGACAAGGGAUUCAUUGCGAGUUUUGCCGCAGCGACUGGCGAACUUGAAACAUCGAUGCAGAUCUGCAACGCCGAUGCCUUCGGUAUUGCCCACCACCCGCACCGCAACAUCGUAGCCACCUAUGGUAGUGACCGAUACGUUCGACUGUGGAAGGCGUGA